AUGGGUUUCGCCGACUUCUUCUCUGACGUCUACUCCUCCCUGGGCUUCACCGAGGCCCAGGCUGAGGCUCCCGCCCCCGACGUUGAGUCCUCCACCCCCCAGGACGAGCCCGCCGAGAAGACCGAGGAGACCAACGAAGAGCCCUCCGAGGAGACCGAGUCUGCUGAGGAGACCCCCGCUGAGGAUUCCGAGGAGGCCCCUGAGGAGGAGGCCGAGGCUGAGGCCGAGGAGGAAGAAGAGGAAGAAGAGGAGGAGGAAGAGGAGGAUGAGCCUGAGGACCUCAAGCCCAAGUUCGAGGAGGAGUGCGCCCACUCCGCUCAGUGCGCCCCCUACAAGCACCACUACGACGAGUGUGUCGAGCGCGUCACUCGCCAGGAGGAGGAUGAGGACUACAAGGGCCCCAAGGAGGACUGUGUUGAGGAGUUCUUCCACCUCACCCACUGUGUCACCGCUUGCGCCGCUCCCAAGCUCUGGCGCGAGCUUAAGUAA